GCUCACCACAGUUUCUGUCUGCCAACUGCUAAGGCAUUAAUCGAUAGGAAAUCAAUAUGAGGUUACUAAUGAAAUAAUGGAGAGUAAAGAGGGGUCACACGCACUGUCUCUGGAACCUCCUACCAUUAAAGUAACUGGGCCAGGACAAAGGUCACCUUGCAGCUCUGCAUAUGACUGUUCAGAUUCACUUUUUCAAUGUGAAAACUCAGAAAGCAAGACAACCCCACAUGACAAGAGUAAAGAGGGGUCACACGCACUGUCUCUGGAACUUCCUACCAAUAAAGUAACUGGGUCAGGACAAGGGUCACCUUGCAGCUCUGGAUAUGACUCUUCAGAUUCACUUUUUCAAUGUGAAAACUCAGAAAGCAAGACAACCCCACAUGAUAAGAGUAAAGAGGGGUCACACGCACUGUCUCUGGAACUUCCUACCAAUAAAGUAACUGGGUCAGGACAAGGGUCACCUUGCAGCUCUGGAUAUGACUCUUCAGAUUCACUUUUUCAAUGUGAAAAUUCAGAAAGCAAGACAACCCCACAUGAUAAGAGUAAAGAGGGGUCACACGCACUGUCUCUGGAACUUCCUACCAAUAAAGUAACUGGGUCAGGACAAGGGUCACCUUGCAGCUCUGGAUAUGACUCUUCAGAUUCACUUUUUCAAUGUGAAAACUCAGAAAGCAAGACAACCCCACAUGAUAAGAGUAAAGAGGGGUCACACGCACUGUCUCUGGAACUUCCUACCAUUAAAGUAACUGGGUCAGGACAAGGGUCACCUUGCAGCUCUGGAUAUGACUCUUCAGAUUCACUUUUUCAAUGUGAAAACUCAGAAAGCAAGACAACCCCACAUGAUAAGAGUAAAGAGGGGUCACACGCACUGUCUCUGGAACUUCCUACCAUUAAAGUAACUGGGCCAGGACAAGGGUCACCUUGCAGCUCUGGAUAUGACUCUUCAGAUUCACUUUUUCAAUGUGAAAACUCAGAAAGCAAGACAACCCCACAUGACAGGAGUGAAGAGGUGUUAUUCAAACAAGUAUUUUCUCAAAGGUCUGGAAUCUAUUUAACAGUCACUCCUGACUUUGCACUGACAAAAAAGAGUAAAAGCAUUGAGAUUCCACCAACAAUUGGUGAAAUUAAGAAACCAGAUGAAUGCUUGCUAAGUUUGUUACAAACACAAUUGUGUCACUCUGAAAAAGCAAACAGUUGCCCCGCCCGGAUCAUCAAGAUCCCUUCUGGAACCAGAAAGGAAUGUGAUCACCUAGGCUCUCACUCCUGUAGUGGCAUCACAACAGGAAGUAUGGAAGAUUCUACUAAAGAUUCUGGACCGUAAGCUCAUGAGAUGGACGAGAGAUAAAGCAAGAUAAAGCCAUUCAAAAGCUAUGAAUGCUUUAUUUGAGAAUCACUCAACCCCCUGCCUCCGUUUCUAUACUCUGCCCUUUCACUUCACUCACUCAGAUUUGACUUUUUAAUCCUCUAAACUUGCCACAGUGAGACUUCAGCAAUGUUGUGUGUAAAACUUAGACCUUCUCGCUAAGCUAAUGCUAGCUUUCAGUGCUAACAUUUAGCAGUGUGGCACAUCUCACGUAUGAACCCGGUGACACUGCUGUGGGAUGAGAGAGCUGGGUCAACAGAGGAAGGAGCAACAAGCGCUCCCUCUCUUUCUCUCUCUCUCGGUUCAGGUGCCCAUGUUGCCCUUUAAGACAGCCAGCUGAUGCUUAACCUCAAUAGCAUGGGCUCAAACCACUAUUUACAAACUAUUUAGCAUCAUUGGUGCUUGGGGCUUUUUCUCUGGCCUCAUGGCACAACUCAUCAGCGCAUGGCAUAUCCUCUCACUAGUGUAUUUUAGUAUAUGUCACUCUAUAAUAAGCCAUCCAAGAGGAGUUAACCAUUUAAAACAUACAUUUUGAGUGCAGAAGGUCUUUAAAGCUAUGCCAUGAAAGAUUUAGAGUUUGGAGACCUCUCUGGCAGAAAUGUGUAAUUGCAGGUGUUGAACAUUUUGAGCAUUAUUUUAAAUAUCGAGCCGGAUAUUCUUUUGGAGUCUGUGCAUGUUAUGUUAAUAUGUAAUGAUGUAUAGUGUUAUCUGAAAAACACCCUUAAAAUCCGACCCAAUGCCUUUGACGUUUAAAUGAUUAAUUCAGACUUUACAGGGCAACUCGCAGCAGCGCACACCAUAUUUUGUCAUAGAAUUUUUUCAUCUAUGAAAUAAAAACGCGGGAACAGUUCCAGAUUUUAACCAUGGUGACUGCUGUACAGUAAUAAACUAUGGUGAAGGCCAACAGAUAAAAUUGGGUACAAUUGAACAAGAGCCAGCCAUUUGCCUCCAGCUUCCUGGAUCAGUUGGACCUCCUUUGGGCUGUAUACACCACCAAGACCCUACUGCCCUGUGAGACUGAGUGGUAGGGGUGGUUCCACAGCCUGGUCAGUACAGUCUGGGAGGAAAGACUGGAGUGACCAAUGCCCACAUGCUAAGCACUACAGCAAGGAGUGCACUCACACUGGCCCAGACUUCUGCUGCUGUUGUGUCUUCCAUGCCACACCAUCUGUGCUAGA